GUAUUGUUCUCGUUUACAAUUGGUUUCAUAUCAGAAGUAUAUAUAGCCUAGAUUCUACAAACCUAUAACAUGGGAAAGGGAGAAGAUAAACCUGAAGAAUUCAAUAAAGACAUUGUCGAAGAGACGACUCCAGGAUGCUAUUUGAAAUCCCGCCAUUCGAUGGCAAUUAUGCUAUUUUUUGCAACAUUCAAUGUUUAUUCGUUGAGAACCAACCUCAGCGUUGCAAUUGUUGCCAUGGUGAACUCGACCAGUUCCUCCACGGAAGAUUCAGAAAACGGAAGUGACGUAUGUCCUGACAAGGGUGUGUCGGAAAUAGAUGAAAAUACGAACAAUGGUAUAUUUGUUUGGGACAGUGUUCAACAAGGACUUAUUCUUGGUUGCUAUUUUUAUGGAUAUAUUUUUACGUGUGUGCCCGGUGGCUAUCUGGCUAAAAGAUAUGGAGUUAAACCAGUGUUGGGCAUCACCAUGCUGAUAUCAUCAAUAAUUACACUAUUAUGUCCAGUUAUGGCAAAUGCAAGCUUUCCUCUUUUUGUUACAUUUCGAAUCAUACUAGGAUUUCUACAGGGUGUGAGCUUUCCUGCUGUCCAAUCAGCUUGGGGAAUAUGGGCACCUCCGCUUGAAAGAAGCACUUUGAUAGCUAUUUCUUUCUCGGGUUCCAGUUUUGGAACAUUCGUAACUCUUCCUAUAGCAGGAGUGAUAGCAGAUAAUGUAGGAUGGGAAGCUGUAUUUUAUUUAACAGGUGCUGGCGCCAUGUUAUGGUCUCUUGUGUGGCUCGCAUUUUUCUACAGUACUCCAGAAACUCAUCCCAGAACCUCUGAGCAGGAGAAAAAAUACAUCGUCGAAAGUAUCGGGAUUCAGAAAAAGAAGAAUCCGGAUGUGAAACUUCAAACACCUUGGGUUGCCAUGUUGACUUCUUUGCCAGUGUGGGGAAUUGUCGUUGGACAUUUUGCUAGUAACUGGGGAAACUACACUUUAAUGACUAUGCUACCAACUUAUAUGGCUAAUAUUCUUAGAUUUAAUCUUUCUGCGAGCGGAGGUCUUUCUGCCCUUCCUUACAUACUGCAAUUCAUCUUUACAAUCGGAGGAGGCUAUGUCACCGAUGUCAUCAGAAGUCGUCGAUUAAUGAGUACAGUAGCGGUUCGCAAGCUUAACACGACGUUGGGUCUGGCUGUUCCAGCAUUAUUUGUCGUGCUAGCUGGAUAUAUUGGAUGCGACGUGGCAGCAGCUGUAGCGUUUUUCUCGAUAUCUGUGGCUUUUAAUGCACUAACAGUAUCUGGAUGUAAAGCGAAUACUGUCGAAAUAGCUCCGAAAUAUGGCGGAAUAGUUUAUGGAAUAUCAAAUACAAUUGCAAACAUUCCGGGAUUUUUGGCACCUCAAGUAGUUGGCAUUAUGUUGAAAGAAGACGAUUCUCUUUCCCAGUGGCAAAAGGUAUUUUGGGUUUCAGCAGCAGUCUACCUCUUUGGUGCAAUAGUAUAUCUUAUUGUGGGAUCUGGUGUAGAACAACCAUGGGCAGCAGGAAAGAUAUUAAAAAAUAAAUCUGUAAAGUUGGAAGGCAUCGACAAUAAAGCAACGUCGGAAGACAACGAGAACAAGGGAACGUCAUUUUAACUUCAUCCACACAUAAACGAAAUUUACAUGCUUCGUUGCUUAAAUUUGUCAAUAUGAGGAAUUAGUAUUUUAAUUUUUCAUUAUUAUUAUUUUUAUUCAGAAUAUAUAUCAACAUCAUGAAAAUACUGCGUUUGUUUAGUCUCUUGUACGGCGAGCUAUUCCUAGCUAAGUAUAGUUAUGUAUAAUUGUGUCCCUUUUUAUGAAUUGAAAUUUUUUCGUGAAUUUGAAAUUCAUAUUGGUUAGUGAACUUAACCCGACGGGAAAUGUGGUUACAUGUGUGAAUUCUCGUUAAAACCACAAGAAUGCAAUUCAAUCUUGACACAUACGUCGCCGACCGAAUCGUUAAUCGUUUGUUAAAUAGGAAUGAUCUAAAUUCUUCAUGAUAGUACUGCAGUAUCGAAAAUCACGUAACUCUCUCAAGCAUAAAAUGCUCACUCAAUCUGAAAUAUUUG